ACACAGAUGUGGAGACCACCAUCUGAACGGGUUGUCUCCAGAAAUCCUGUGUGUGUCUCCGGAAAAAGAAACCAAACACCAUAGAAUCGUAAUCGCUACUUUCCAUUGUUUUCAAUUCGCAAUAAUUUUCUGCGUUGAAUCUGAUUUUCUUUUCAGUUUUGAUCAAUUGAUCUCCCUGGAAAGUCAAAAGGAUAUCAACUCGUGCAUAAUCCGUAGUUUUUUUUACGGAGAAGGGUAUCAUUUCUUUUUGUGUGUUGUUCAUGACAUUGAGGAAAAUAAAUUAAAAAUAUAAAGAAAUUUGGAUAAGAUUUGCACGUCAGAAUCGAAUCGGAUACGCACUGUUGGAUUUCUGGAGAUUCAUAGCCCAUCGCUUGUUGUCUGUAUUGUGUUUGCUUGCAUAUAAACUUAGCUGUUCGGGCGUCUGAUUUCUCACAUCGUCACUGAUAUGCAGAGCCAGUUGGUUUGCAGUGGGUGUAGGACUAUUCUUCUUUAUCCCAGAGGAGCUACAAAUGUCUGCUGUGCAGUGUGCAAUGCCCUCACUCCUGUGCCGCCUCCUGGAAUGGAGAUGGGUCAGAUGGCUCAACUGAUAUGUGGGGGUUGCCGCACACUUCUGAUGCAUCCACGGGGAGCAACCAGUGUAAGAUGCUCCUGCUGUCAUACGGUGAACCUUGUGCCUGGACCAAAUCAGUUUGCUCAUAUCAAUUGUGGGAACUGUCGUACAAUGCUGAUGUAUCCAUGUGGAGCUCCAUCAGUUAAGUGUGCAGUAUGUCACUUCAUCACCAAUGUUAAUGCGGGAGAUGCGAGAGUGCCCAUUCCUUCCCACCCACCUAAUGGAUCUGCUACAUCUUCAUCUGCCCCACCUUCUUCCACAGCUGCACCCCGUUCUCAGAAUCAAACUGUUGUUGUUCAAAACCCCAUGUCUGUUGAUGAAAGUGGGAAGCUGGUGAGCAAUGUUGUUGUUGGUGUGACAACGACAACAUAGACCUUUCGACGAAACAAGAAUUCCACCUGUUGGUCUCAUUAGUGAUGGCGUUUGGGAAUGUGGCUUGCUUUAUUGGAGAGAUGAGUGUAGAGAUGGAUGGUACAUAUUAUAUAUGUAAUAAUUUGUAGUUUAAUAUUAUAAAGCAUGCAAUUCAUCUACGAAGAUUCUUGGGUGAAAUUUGAACCGAGUUCACAUCUUCCAAAUGAUUGAGCGCUUGGGACUUGAGCAAUUUGUUUGAUUGUUCAUCGUCGGAAUUAUGGCUACGGAUAUUACAUUUUCAUGAUGUGAUUUUGCCCUCUAUUAUAUAGUGGAAGAACAUAUAUCUGUACCAUUUGAAGUAUGAGUUUAAUCAAAUGUGAUGCACAUAAUGUUUCAAGAAAA